GGCGAAGGAACAAGUCAGAAUCCCGUGUGGAUCAGCCAACAGACUUGCCCGUCAUCGCUCACGUUCCCAGCAGCUCUUUCGCACCACACUUAGCGGGCUCAACACAAAGGAGACUUGAGCAGAGGGUGGAAAAGAUACAGCCAACAGAAGUCUGUACUGGCGAUUCUCACCACCCAGAUAAACACUUCGAGUAGAAAAUCGUGGUAUAUAGAAACCAACACGUGACCUGCGUUCACUUCAAUGUUCUGUGGACUUAACGCCGAGUCGUCGCGUUUUGAGAUGAUCCAGACAUCCGGCAGACGAGCUUGGGCUGCGAUGCACCAACUGUGACUGAUCAUGCUCCGACCUUCAUCGUCAACGCCACCUAUCUUCCUCUUCAUCACUCCUCCACCCAUCCCUUCAUCUUAUCACCACCAUAGUAACAGUCCUUUAACUCCUUCGCGAGACCCUGUAGGCACCACCUCAGCAGGGUAAUGCCGCAAGCCCCCUGAAUGGACUAGCUACGGUGACACGACUCAGCCGUACCCGAUGAUCUAUCCAAAACCCCAAAGUGCGAAUCACGAGGCCUGAUUCGAGACGAUAACCGAUCUCCUGCGCGAUCAUCUCAUUGUCGUCAAAAAGUUAUCGCGCCCGAUUUGAGGCAACACCACAAUCAAGGCUAUGGAGACUGCAGACAAAGGGCUAGCAUAAAAAUCUGACACCAGGGCUGAAUCUCAAAGAUCCUAAGUAUCAAAUAAAAGUCAAGGCAAACAAUCAAGAAGAGUCCGCGUCGCGACAGUGCCAGCAAUGUCUGGUUCUACACCCUUCGCGACUCGUUCGCCCACCCAGUCGAAACAAUAUCCACCCUACUCACCUACACACCCUAAUCGCCCUUACUACGGUCAUGAACCUUUUCAAAUACCUCCUCAACACCUAAUCCAAACCCCGCCUCCGUUCCCACCGGCGUCUUUGGUCCAAAGUCCACACCAUCAUCGACCACCAACUUUGGCAUCACCGUUGCCUGCGCCGAAUACCUUGCCUCCUCCCUCUGUAGGAACAGGACCGCAGUACCCGCCCUUGGCAUCAAGUCCAUCAUUCCCUCUGCAGGGAACCUAUUCACGGCAUCUUGCUUCCGCUUCAAACCCUUCACCGAACAUGCCGGCACAAUAUGAUGGCACACCAACACAUGCUCACCCAUCGGGCCCCUCCCCCUCCAGCCUGCCUUCACCAAUGCGGGAUCAGCACAUUCUACCAAACGGGAGGUCUACUGAAGGUGCUUUCCAGGAGUCACGUCCUCACUCAAAAGACAAGCCGGAUAGAGCAAGCAAUCCCAUGUCCUUCGCGAGCAUUCUCGGCCCAUCACACCAUGAACCUACCAGCAAGGUAGCUGACGGUAAACCAUCGCGGCCAGCAACGCCGCCGCCGGCGAAAUCUGUGCUAGAGAGCAAACCAGUACCCGAGGAGCCGCUGGUAGCAAAAUUGCCAGACCUAGGUCAGCCUCGACAUGUCCUAAAUGGAGAGGCGAAGCUGCAGUCCAGAGCCGAUUCCUUACACUUCCAGCGCAAGAUUGUCGCUCCUUCGAAGCCGCGUACGAUCCUCACCGAAAGAGAGGCAGAGAAGAUUUUGAAAGCUCUUAGCAGCAUCGAAGAAGGCCCCCUUAGUGACGUGGAAGACGGUGGAUUGCUCGAACAAAAGGGGCGCUACAAGCAGAGAAGUAGGAAGAGAGCCGCAGAUGUCGCUGAAAGUGAACUACACAAGCGUAAGCGCCGGAGACAGUUCAUAAUUGAUUCUCUCAUCGCGCCCUUCGAAUCGCAGGCCCAGAGCGCUGCUGAGCGCUUCCGAGAGCGGUAUGAGCCCAUUGCUGCAAAGGAGAUCGCAGAUAAAGACAUCCGAACCGAGAAAGAGCGCAAAAAGGACAUGCAGAGAAAGCGUAGGCGUGAGCAACUACUACGCACUGAAACCCAGAAGAUGGAAGAAUUUGAGCAGCUUGCCAGGGCCGCGGAAGACCAAGAAGAGGCACAGAAAUACCUCAAACAGGCAGAAAAGUCACAAGCACGCAUCAGACAAACCGCGGAACUCCUCGAGGGCGGUUCUGCGCAAGAAGACAUGGAGGUUGCGGCACCCGCUCCCAACUACGAAGGAGGUGUUACCUCGUCCUUCCAGAUUGGAUCUCCUGAGCCUCCAGAGCCGCCGAAGAAGCGCACCAAGAGAGAGGGCGCCGCUUCUACUCGCCCCAAGAAAUCCAAGGAGAAGAAACAAGCCGAGAAAGAUGCUGCAGAGGCUGCGUACGCCGCCAUGGAGAGAGAUGCUCUGGUGCAAAUUGCUCCCAAGGAAGAAACAAAGAAGGAGACGACUGCUAAGGGCAAGAAAGCACAGGCAAAAGCAGAGGCGGCUGCAGCGGCCGCGGCUGCUGCUUCUGCUGCCGCUGCUGCUGGGGCUGAUGCAGGUGAAACUCCAGAUGCCGCUGCGCCGACUACGGCAGGACAUACGAUUAACUACGAGUCUAAAGGCUACAAUCAAAUCUAUGAACAGAUUUGGAGAGAUAUGGCCCGGAAGGACAUAGCCAAGGUUUAUCGGAUCAAACAGGUGUCGCUGAACACGAGACAGGAGAACCUGCGAAAGACAGCCAUCCUCGCGAGCAAGCAGGCGCGGAAGUGGCAAGAACGCACCAAUAAGAGCAUGAAAGACACCCAAGCGAGGGCGAAGCGAGUCAUGCGCGAAAUGAUGUCUUUCUGGAAACGGAAUGAGCGAGAGGAGCGUGAUCUGCGCCGUAUGGCCGAAAGAAAGGAAAUUGAAGAUGCGAAGAAGGCCGAGGCGGACCGAGAGGCCAACCGGCAGAAGCGGAAACUCAACUUCCUCAUCUCGCAAACAGAGAUCUACUCCCACUUCAUUGGGCGCAAGAUCAAGACUGACGAAAUCGAGCGCGCCACAAACGAUCCCGAAGUGGCAGCCGCGGCGGAAAAAGAACGGCCUGCCGGUGAUUCUGCUCAAGCGAAGGGCAUGGACGACAUGUCUCUGUCCGAUGAGCACGGAAAUCACAAAGUGACAAACUUUGAAGAUCUUGACUUUGAUGCUGAAGACGAGUCGGAAUUACGGAAAGCCGCCAUGGCCAACGCUGCGAGCGCUUUGCAAGAUGCCCAAGACAAAGCCCGAAACUUCAAUGGUGAUGACCCUAUGUCAGCGUUUGAUUCCAGCGAGAUGAAUUUCCAGAAUCCCACCAUGGCUGGCGACGUUCAAGUGUCUCAACCCAGAAUGCUGCAGGCCCAGCUCAAGGAAUACCAGCUCAAAGGUCUGAACUGGCUCGUUAACCUUUACGAACAAGGUAUCAACGGUAUCCUGGCAGAUGAGAUGGGUCUCGGCAAGACGGUGCAAUCCAUCUCGGUCAUGGGUUAUCUGGCCGAACAGCAUAACAUCUGGGGACCGUUCCUGGUCAUUGCCCCUGCGUCAACACUGCACAACUGGCAACAAGAAAUCACGAAAUUCGUGCCUGCAAUCAAGGUUCUGCCAUACUGGGGAAAUGCCAAAGAUCGGAAGAUAUUGCGCAAGUUUUGGGAUCGCAAACAUAUCACCUACAACAAGGAUUCGGAGUUCCAUGUACUUGUCACGUCAUAUCAACUUGUCGUGCAGGACGCGCAAUACUUCCAGAAAAUUAGAUGGCAGUACAUGAUCCUUGACGAGGCUCAGGCUAUCAAGUCGUCGAGCAGUUCACGUUGGAAGACCUUGCUUGCUUUCCAGUGCCGAAAUCGUCUCUUGCUGACUGGUACUCCCAUUCAAAACAACAUGCAAGAGUUGUGGGCGUUGCUGCACUUCAUCAUGCCGACACUUUUCGACUCGCAUGAUGAGUUCAGCGACUGGUUUUCCAAGGACAUUGAAAGUCACGCACAGAGCAAUACCAAGCUCAACCAGGAUCAGCUGAAGCGGCUGCACAUGAUUUUGAAACCAUUCAUGUUGCGACGUGUCAAGGCCCAUGUGCAAAAAGAACUGGGUGAUAAAGUCGAGAAAGACGUCUUCUGCGACCUCACCUAUCGACAGCGAGCUUACUAUGCCAAUCUCCGAAGCAAGAUUAGCAUCAUGGACCUCAUUGAGAAGGCCACCCUGGGCGAUGACCAGGAUACUGCGACUUUGAUGAACUUGGUGAUGCAGUUCCGCAAAGUGUGCAACCAUCCCGAUCUCUUCGAGAGAGCAGACACGACCUCGCCCUUUUCCAUGUCCACCUUUGCCGAGACAGCUUCUUUCCUCCGAGAAGGGUAUUUUGUCCAAGUUGGGUAUUCGGUGCGAAACCCUAUACAAUAUGAUUUGCCUCGUGUGCUGUGCAACGAUGUUGGCAGGCUCGACAUUGCGGGCCCAAACAACCCCAAAGCUGGCUUUCGGCGGGCCGGGUUCAAGAAGGACAAGCUAAGUGGCCUGAUGAGGAUCUGGACUCAAGAACACAUCAAAUCAUCAGCGGAAAAUCAUGGCGCCUUCUCAUUCUUGCGCUUCGUCGACACUUCGGUCCAAGAAGCAUCUUCCAUUGGGAGUUCCGGGUUGUUCGAACGUGCUAUUAAGCUGAGAAAGCAGCAUCGACGCAUUUUACCCAUUGAGGAUGAUUCAGAGCCAGAAGCCCCUGCGCAUGCCAUGUUCAACAUCGUCGAUAAUAGUCCUCGGAAGGCGUUGGCCGAACUGGACCCGAACUCCAACCUGGCUAAGUUGUGUAACAUUUCCAAGGAGGGCCUGUCAUCCCAAGGCUACUCCAUUCUGGAGCCAGCUGCUAGACCCAAGGCAUCUGCACCGCCGAUCGAAGUCAGCUGCUUCGACCAGUCCUCUCUGACCGAACGGCAGUUGACCAUGUUUAACAUGGAUGUCCGAUCUUGCUUGUUCCCGCUCGAAGAGUCCAUGGAAGUCAAACUUUUGCAACAAGAUGUGGACCCCGAGAAUUUCCCACUAUCCGACAUGUUGCCCAAACCAGAAAACCAGAAGGCACGGUAUACGCAUAUUUCGAUCCCAUCGAUGCGGCGAUUCGUGACCGACUCGGGCAAGCUGGCCAAGUUGGAUCAACUUCUUCGGGAACUGAAGAAUGGAGGUCAUCGUGUGUUGUUGUACUUCCAAAUGACCCGAAUGAUCGACUUGAUGGAGGAGUACCUCACGUACCGAAACUACAAAUACUGUCGGUUGGAUGGAAGCACGAAGUUGGAAGAUCGUCGAGACACUGUCCACGACUUCCAGACUCGGCCCGAAAUCUUCAUCUUUUUGCUCUCCACCCGUGCAGGUGGUUUGGGUAUCAACCUGACUUCGGCGGAUACGGUUAUCUUCUACGAUUCCGACUGGAAUCCUACUAUCGACUCGCAAGCCAUGGAUCGAGCACACAGACUGGGCCAGACCAAGCAAGUCACGGUCUACCGUCUCAUUACGCGGGGUACUAUUGAAGAGCGGAUCCGCAAGCGGGCGAUGCAGAAAGAAGAGGUACAGCGGGUUGUCAUCACUGGCGGAGACGGUGCCGGGGUUGACUUCAACACUCGCGACCGGCGGGAGAACAGAACCAAAGAUAUCGCCAUGUGGCUCGCUGACGAUGACCAAGCGGCUCUCAUCGAACAAAAGGAAAAGGAGAUUGCGGAUAAGCCUGAAGAGGAGACGAAGAAGAAGAGCAAGAAAGCUCUCGCCGCCGCCGCACGAAAGAAGAAGGGAGAGAUGAGCUUGGACGACAUGUACCACGAAGGCGAGGGACAUUUUGAAGACGCUUCUGCCAAACCAUCCGGGGCCGCCACACCCGUCAGCACUGUCGAGACCCCGGGGCCAAAACGAGGGCCUCGCGGAGGCAAAGGCAUUAGCAAGAAGGCUAAAACGGCCAAACAGCGACUGGCAAUUGUUGACGCCGAGGGCGAUUUGGGUAUGGGUGGAAUGUGAAGAGAAAAAAGGAGCCAUAAUGAUUUCUAAUGGAUGCAUUCGAUUCCGGACUAGUACCGGUCAGGAAGAAUCAUGGUGUGCUUUAGACAAGACAUUGAGGAAGGGGAACCAGAGAUUGCAAAGUGCCGUGGACGAGCACGGGAGUUUUAUGUUGUUGAUGUAUGAACAGGAACUGGAAGGGUUGAGCGAGAAACGACCAAGGCGCACCUGUAUCAUUUUUUCUCUUUCGAAUGCACAUCACUGGCAGCCUGAGCCAUGCCAGUGUUCCUUCCCCAAGACUGACGUGGAAAGAGUGGGCUAGUACCCAUUGUCGCUACCUUAGAGAAGCUGCAGGAUCCUCCCGUUUAACUUGGAUUUUGAAUCUCGUCAAAUCCGCCGGCCGCCUGCGCUCCAAACCCUCUCUGCCCAAGUCCUA